CUCAUCAGCAGGGAUUGGUGACAUGGGGGAUCAGCUGGGAUGAGGAGCAGUAGGACAUCGCAGAUCAGUCCGAGAGAAGCAGCCACCAGGCCAGACGUUGGAGCUCAGUGGACGAGCUCUUAGAGAGCUGACCGUUUCUUCACUUGUUGGGAAUCCCGCCAUUCAACAGCCAGGAUGGCUCGGGAUAUGUCAGAUAAAGAGAUCCUCCAAAUGGAGCUGGAGCAGCUGAAGAAGGAGGUCAACACACCGCGGACAGCGGUGACAGCUAACUGCACAGAAACCAUCUCAUUCGUUGAGGGACUGGCACCCAAUGACCCGCUGAUCAAGGGAGUCCCAGAUGACAAGAACCCCUACAAGGGAGACAAGGGGGGCUGUAUAAUAACAUAGCAAAGUUCUUUUUUUAAUGUGACUCUGGUGGGUCAACUGUACAGUAGACUGGAACCAAAGAUCUGUGAUGUCCUCAGUAGAGAAGCUGUUUGUAAUUAAACAUAAAUAGCUGUUUGAA